AACCCCCCCCUCUAAAAAACUCAUAACCCGAACGUUAAAACCGCCCUCUCCGCAUUCCCUCACUCCAAUGUUAUAAAAUUGAAAGACUCUCAAAGCGUUCCCGGCGAUUGGCAUAGCAAAUAAGAAAUCUAUCCCAACGGGAAAAUAAAGAAAAUUUCUCCAACAAAGUUAAAAACAUAUAUAUUUUUUCAGAGGGAAUUGAGGGAAAACUUUUUUUUUUUUUUUGGUUUUAAAGAUUGAGCUCGCUUUGUGUUUUGGAUGCAAUCAAUGGUGUAUUCUGGUGACGGAGAGAUGGCGAUGGGUUCCGAGAGAUCAAAACCACUUCACAAUUUCAAGCUGCCUUGUUUGAAGUGGGGCAAUCAAAGGUAUCUCAGGUGUAUGAAACUUGAUGAUGCUUCCACCGCCACCGACUCAUUGUCUGCCGCCGCUGAUCAUCACCAGCAUCGUCGUCGUCAUGUGUUUCAGAGACGCCGAUCUCCCCCAUCAAAAUUUGAGAGUUUGAUGGUUGGUGGAAUGCGGCGGCGCGAAUCUAAGUCGUCUCCCAGCAGCAAGAAAAACGAUUAUGGAAGGAAGCAGCGAUUGCUGAUAUCAAAGGGAGAGGCGGCGGAGGGGAUCGAGGCAGUUAGGGAGAAGAUCAUGAAGGAUCUUAAAACUGCGGCGGAUAAGAUCAAAGAUGCAAUUUUUAGAGACAAAGUGUCCGACGAUGAUGACGUGGACGACGAUGAGGAUGAAUUUGAAGAGCUUAAACAGAAAGUGAAAGAGAAAGAGAAAGAGAGUGAAGAAUCGCCUGCGGUAGAGGUGGAGACGAGGCCGUGGAAUCUCAGGACAAGACGUGCUGCGUGUAAGGCUCCGAUUGACGGACAAGGAACUAACAACAAUUAUAGUUCUCCGAUGAAGAAUGAGGCGAUUAAAUCACCCAGAGUAAGAGACAGAGGACCGUCGGUCGCAUCGGCGGCGGCCUAUGACAACAAAAGGCCACGACCGAAAUUCUCGGUGCCGCUAUCAAAGAAAGAGAUCGAGGCGGAUUUCAUGGUGAUGGCUGGACACCGCCCUCUGAGGAGGCCAAAGAAACGGGCACGUCAUGUUCAGAAGCAAUUGGAUUCCUUGUUUCCUGGAUUGUGGCUGACGGAGGUAACGGUGGAUUCUUACAAGGUUCCAGAGUUCGUUGAAAACGGCAAGAGGUAGUAACAGGAGUUACAAAAACAAGGCUUCCGCUUGCUGACUGAUGGUAAUUUUGUGACCGUUAACUAGUGGUAUACUGUGGUACCAGACCUUCAUGAAUUGGCAAUUUUAUGUAAAAGGUUGAACUUCCGGCUUUCUAAUGUAGGUUCAAUAUCUUUGGAAUGCUAAUUUUUGUUUUAUUACGAUUUUCAUUCAUUUUUUUUUUAUCCCAAGCUGAAUAAUCUUGUAUAAAGUAAGGUGACAUGAGCAUCUUUUUUAACAGAAGAGAAUGGUUCUUCUAUGUGUUUGAUUUUCUGAUUACAAUUGUUGAAUGAUAUAGGUCUUUGUCUUUUGAUUCUGUUUCUUGUUGCUAAACUUUAGAGUGCACCAUUUGGUAGGAGAUGCUCAACAAAUAAAUUAUUGGUACUUUCAGUUAUUGUGUUCGGUUGCAUUAAACUGAAACAAGAACUGCAAUUGCAUUGUUGGGUAUGAGGACGAGGAACAAGUGAUAGUAAAAAAAAGAUUCCAACCUAAAGUGCUUUAAGCUCAUGUUAUGUGAAUUUAUUUCAGAUUAGGUUAGUCUUAUCACUUUCUUGUAGGUUUAGCUUUUUCUUUUAUGACUGGUGCUUGUUCCAAUAGAUGAGUUUACUUGAUAAUUUGGAACUCCAUAGGCAUCUGAAUUGAACUGGCAUGCUUGUUGUUUUCAUCAUCAUAUAAAGGCUUUUCUGUUCUCAAUUAUCAUGCUGUAACUGUCAGUCGAUCACCAUAUCGAUAGGAUUUGCAAGUUACUUUUAUUUUCAGCACUGAGCAUAGCUAAUUCUCUUAAUUCAAAGAAUGCUAUUUAAAACUGGUUUCGAAUUGUAGACUAUUUGAUUAUGCAUUGUUUGGAUUUCAAAAGCUAAAUGGAAAACAUUGAACUGUUUGCGUUGUCCUAUUCAUUGGUAGUACCAAUUACAGUCUUCCAGCUUUGAGAAUAGCUACUUUAGUCCUUUUGUUGUUCAUCCUUACUAAUUGCCUUAGUGAUGAAUUAGCAUACAUGUAGAUUGUAUUCUAUCGAAGAUGGAGAUCUAUUUGCAGAGUUGAUCAGCCGUAUAUUAGCUAGAUUUUCUAUUUUCUUCAUGAUCAGAGUGCCUGCACUUCUUUGUAAUGUCUUGUUAGAUUCAUUUUGUGUAAAUAAAAGAUACUACCUUUUUCCCCUCUGAGCCUUUCUAUACCCUGCAGUAGAUGCAACAAUGCUCUCUCUCUCUCAUUUGCUUGCUUUCAUUAGGUGGGAAUUCAGAAAGGAAUUGGGAUUGUGGUACUCUAUAUCGAUGCAAAGGUUAUCCCAUCACCGGAAUGGGAUGGUAAUAGUUGGGUACUUGAAUGCCAUGUUCUUUAUUUUGUUUUGGGUUUCAGCUCUUUUCCAAUAAGGAAUUAGCCUUUUUUUUUUUUUUUUUUAAUAUAGUAGGAUUACUUUUUUUAAGCCAAACAUUGGGUUGGGUACACUAGUGCACUACACGCGGUUGUCGGUUAUAGAGGCACUAGAAUAACACACAACUAGAAAGGAAAUGUUGACACGGUUAGCAUCAAGGAGGCCUAGCGCCAGCGGCUGCUCUUUGAUUCAGCA